AUAUAAUGUAUCUUCCAGGUUAUUUGUAACAAGUAUAUCUCACCUUUAAAUCAAUCCGCUGCAUGUGAAAUCACAUUCAGACCAAACUCCGUUACACUAGGUCGCGCUGUUUCUCCUGUUCAGCCUCUGAGUGAGAAGAAGAGAAGAUGUUUGUGAAUGGACGCACUUUGGACUUCUGGCCAGCGACCAAAUCUGCAUACUACCGGACUAAGUAGUACACCAGUAUAAAACACACACCCCAGUGGCACGUGCGGUGUGUGUGCACUAUUAUUUAGUGCGGAAGUGUACGGUGUUUUUCUGCAGUGCUUCGACUCUAAACUUCUUUACAUAUUUCCUUUUUUUUUUUACUUUUUGGAUGCACCUCCUGUCGCUUUGAGUUUAUUUCUGAAUGGAGCAGCCAUUGAUGCCUCGGGAAUCCGGCCAGUAUGUGGCGGAGAGGAGCCGGGAUGUAUUUGUGGACGAGGAUGGUGUUAAGAAGAUGGCAGAGAUGCUCUACACGCUGAGAGACAGCGAAGCGUUCUCACCCAGUACCUGGAAGUUAAUGAACCAUCUUGCUCCCUCUCGGGACAUGGAUGACGCCAUUAACUGGGUGCUUGUGACAGACACUAUGAACUUCUCCUUCUGGCCUGAUAGAGAGGACCAAGAGUGUGAAGUGAAUCAUAGAGGAACCACAUAUCGUGGCUACAUGUCUCUGUGUGCAGCUGUCACCAGGGCUAUGGACGAGGGUGUGCCUAUAACUGACCCCGCCUACUUCUCCCAGAUGAGUGAGGCUGACCUGGCACAUGUCCUUCGCUCAGAUAACGACACUCCCAUGCCCAUGCUGAAGGAGCGUCACCAGGCCCUCACCGAGGCAGGCCGUGUGCUCAUGCAGCAUGGCGGAUCUUUCCGGAGCUUUAUAAGCCACGUGGAGAAUGAUGCUGAGAAAAUGAUGCGGUACAUUGUGGAUAACAUACCGUCCUACCGGGACGAAGCCACAUUUGAGGGCAAGAGGAUUUGCUUCUAUAAGAGGGCUCAGAUCCUUGUGGCAGAUUUCUGGGGGAUCAUGGAGGCCAGAGGUGAAGGGAACAUACGCAACUUUGACUACCUGACCAUGUUUGCUGACUACAGAGUGCCACAGGCCCUCGUCUACCUGGGCGCACUACGCUACUCAGAUGCUCUCAUGGAAGCAUUAAAAAAGGGUGAGUUGUUAAGCUCAGGUGAGAGGAGAGAAGUGGAAAUCCGUGGCUGUUCUAUCUGGUGCGUGGAGAAGAUUAAGAAUCACCUGUGGAAACUUGUGAGGGAGAGAGAUGGGAAGAGCUGUGCCAUAAACUCAGCUCUCAUCGACUUUUAUCUGUGGCCUUAUGCAAAACAACACCAUGAAGAGAUGGCCCACAUUCCCAUACACCACACACGUUGUGUAUAUUACUGAAAUGUGUACAGAAUGCUUUCAUUUAUUUGCCCGUAAGCCUUUGCAUGUAUUUGUUUGAAUAAAACUGAGGUAAAUGAAAGGA